UCUCUGGUCCAGGUGUUCCUGACGUCGCCCACUGAGGUGGCCAAAGUUCGCCUGCAGACGCAGACACAGAAGCAGCAACGGCGGCUCUCGGCCUCGGGGCCCUCGGCUGUGCCCCCCGUGUGUCCUGCGCCCCCAGCCUGCCCAGAGCCCAAGUACCGCGGGCCGCUUCACUGCCUGGCCACAGUAGCCCGCGAGGAGGGGUUGCGCGGCCUCUACAAGGGUAGCUCAGCCUUGCUGUUACGGGACGGCCACUCCUUUGCCACCUACUUCCUUUCCUAUGCCAUCCUGUGUGAGCAGCUCAGGCCCGCUGGCCACAGCCAGCCAGAUGUUCUGGGCGUGCUGGUGGCCGGGGGCUGUGCGGGAGUCCUGGCCUGGGCUGUGGCCACCCCCAUGGACGUGAUCAAGUCGAGACUGCAGGCAGAUGGACAGGGCCAGAGGCGCUACCGGGGCCUCCUGCACUGUAUGGUGACCAGCGUGCGGGAGGAGGGACCCCGGGUCCUUUUCAAGGGCCUGGUGCUCAACUGCUGCCGCGCCUUCCCUGUCAACAUGGUGGUCUUUGUCGCCUAUGAGGCGGUGCUGAGGCUCACCCAGGGUCUGCUCACAUAGCUGGUCCCCACGCCCAGCGGCCCACCCGCCGGCAGCUGCUGGAGGUUAUAGUGGCGGGAGGAGGCAAGGAGUAGUGUGGCUGGGGUUGGGACCCCACAGGGCUGUUGCCCAGGAAAACGAGGAGCCUCCCUGCAGUGAGUCGGCCGAGGCCUGAGCUUGCCCUGCCCAGCGACUGACCUCAGGUCGAGGGGCCGCCGGCCAUCAGCCAGCAUUGUCCUGGGUGGCAGGAGCCAGGGAGGAGUGGGCCUCUUCGAUGAGGUCGUGUGUCGCAUGGAGUCAGUUGUUCAUCCCAGCUUCCCCGUGGCCCCCGCCUCCCAUGUCUUUGGAGCAAACUUCCAGGGAGUCAGGUAUGUGCUCAGCCAACCUCUAUCCCAUUCCCAGACCCUCGUCCCCACUACUGUUCUUGUCUUCAUGAGCUGUCCCUUACAGGCAGGGGCUUCCCACAGGCUGGGGGCCUUAGGGCAGGGAGCAUGAGCUGGGCUGGCCCACCAUGACUGACGGCUCCCGGCCUGGCUUGUUCCCCACAGCAGGCUGCUCCCAGGGGUGCUGCCGGGACUGCCAUGCCCACCUGGCAGGGGCCCGGGGUGGCCGUCCUCACCCGGUUAGGGCAUUUGGAGUGAGGUUCCUCAGGAGCCAUCACUCUGCCUGUGGACGCUGCAAAGACCCC